UGCUAGAGAUAUGAUCAUGACUGCGGCAUGGGAGUGACGUGACAGCAGGAUUGGCCUUUCCCUCCAAACAACCUUAUAUCCACACUCCCACACCAUGUGCUUCUCUCUUCGGAGAGACAAAACUGACUGAAUGAACGACUACACUGAGAAAGAUUGUGUGAGUGUGAAAAUGGAUGAGUCUGCGCUCCUGGACCUGUUAGAGUGUCCGGUCUGCUUGGAGCGACUGGAUGCCACGGCAAAGGUUUUGCCGUGCCAGCAUACGUUUUGUCGGCGAUGCCUGCUUGGAAUUGUGGGGUCGCGUGGGGAACUGCGCUGCCCGGAAUGCCGCACGCUAGUGGAGAGUGGCGUGGAUGAGUUGCCUAGCAACAUCCUCCUGGUACGGCUACUGGACGGCAUCAAGCAGAGGCCGAGGAGGACGGGAAGCAUGCAUGGCACGUGUACUAAUGGAUCAGCAGCGGCGGGGGUCAGAGCACAGGGUGCCGGAGUUGGCCAGAGGGAUCCAGGUCCCACAGGGGCACAGAGGGUCCAGGCCAAGAGCACUCCAGUUAGGGGAGUACCUCAGCUACCAUGUGCCAAGGCCUUAUACAACUAUGAUGGCAAAGAACCUGGAGAUCUCAAGUUCAGCAAGGGUGACAUCAUCAUCCUGCGUCGACAGGUGGAUGAAAACUGGUUCCAUGGAGAGAUGGGUGGAGUUCAUGGAUUCUUCCCCACCAACUUCGUCCAGGUCAUCAAACCUCUCCCACAGCCGCCCCCUCAAUGCAAGGCCCUGUAUGACUUUGAGCUGAAAGACAAGGAGGCUGACAAGGACUGCUUGCCAUUCUCAAAGGAUGAUAUUCUUACUGUGAUUCGUCGUGUGGAUGAGAACUGGGCGGAAGGCAUGCUGGGAGAUAAGAUUGGCAUCUUCCCCAUAUCUUAUGUAGAGUUUAACAGUGCAGCUCGACAGCUCAUAGAACUGGACAAGCCAUCUGAAGGUGGAGGAGACUCCAGUGAAGGGCCAUCAUCCUCUUCCUCAGGCCCCCAAGCCAACGGCUCCCAGAAAGCUACUGGAGAGAAGAAGAAUAGUAAAAAGCGACACUCCUUCACCUCCCUAACUAUGUCCCAUAAGCCUUGCCUGGCCCCUCCACCUCAGAGACACUCCAUGGAGAUCAGCGGCCCGGUUCUGAUCAGCUCCUCCAACCCCACAGCCGCGGCCCGGAUCGGAGAGCUCAGCGGAGGCCUGUCCUCCAGCGCACCUUCACAGGUUCAUAUUUGCACAUCAGGACUCAUUGUUACUCCUCCACCAAGCAGUCCUGUCACCACGGCGACAGUUUUCACAUUUCCCCCAGAAACCAGCUAUGCUUCUAUUCCAGUGGAUGCUCUUCCUCCUCCACCUCCGCCUCCACCUCAGUCUCGGUCCUCUGCUGUGGGCGCUGCCGCUUUGAAUGCUGGGCAGAGGCCUUCACCUGCUGUGGUUGACCAGAGUGGCCGUCAGAGACCUACAGUGUAUGUGGCGAUGUUUCCCUACACACCCCGUAAGGAAGAUGAGUUGGAAUUGAGGAAGGGAGAGAUGUUUCUGGUGCUGGAGCGCUGUCAGGACGGCUGGUUUAAAGGAACGUCCAUGCACACUGGCAAGAUUGGAGUGUUCCCUGGUAACUACAUGAGUCCUGUCAACAGGACUGUUUCUGGCAGCAGUCAGCCAAAAGUUCCCCUGACCCUGUGCUCACAGGCUGGACGUGGCGUCACCAUUGUUAGCCCCUCCUCUGCUCCUCUUGGAGCCGCCCUGGGGAGUGUCGACCCCAGUAAACCCCUUCCAGUCUGCCCAAAUCCCACCCCAUCUAGCUCACUGCCGGCUGCUGUAGUAACAGCUGCACACGUGCCCACUGGUCAGCACCCCAAAGUGCUCAUGCAUGUGACGUCACAGAUGACCGUUAACCAGGCACGCAGUGCGGUCAGGACAGCUGUGAGUCAUAGUCAGGACCGGCCUACGGCAGCAGUGACGCCCAUCCAAUCCCACAAUUCUGUGGCCUACCUUCCUAGCACAGCUGUGAUUCUUCAGGCCUCACCUGUCCUCGGCUCCAGCCCGGGAUCCUCCUCAGCCAGAAUCGGUGUGGCUAUGGGAUGUGCAGCCGCCUCCUUGACCCCUCCUAAUGUUAGCGCUGCUUCUUUGGAUGGUGAUGUCAUGAGACCUGUCUCUGUGGUAGCACUUCCUGUGAACCCUGGCAGCACAAAAUCUCUAGGUGGUGCCUCGAACCAGGGUGUUGCUUGUAGAUUGGAUAAAGACAGCAAGAGAGAGAAGAAAGGCCUGCUGAAACUGCUGUCUAAUAAAAAGAAGCUCCGCCUAUCUCCUCCAUCCUCCCCUACACUGGAAGCAGAGCAAUCUAUUGUCAUGGAGAUGCCCCAUGGUGCCAUUGGACCUGAAACGGCUCCGCCUAGCUCAGCAUUGGUGGCGCUAGGACACAACGGCCGUGCUGGGGCCUGUCCGAUGGAUUCUGAGCUCUCUGUGUCAAACACAGACGCAGCGUCACACAGGUGCAGCUCUCAGGACAACUGCAUGCCGAUUGCCCCGCCUCCACGACAGCCGUGCUCCUCCCUCCUCUCCGUGCAGCACGACGGACGACCAAUCGUGUGCGAAAGGUACCGUGUGGUGGUGUCUUACCCUCCCCAAAGCGAAGCAGAGCUGGAACUCAAGGAGGGAGACAUUGUUUUCGUGCACAGAAAACGAGAGGACGGAUGGUUUAAAGGAACACUACAGAGAAACGGCCGAACCGGGCUUUUUCCUGGCAGCUUUGUUGACAGUAUCUAACGCACAUGGAGUCUAAUAAUCAGAAUGUAAUAAUUAGAUAUCAAAUUCUCCAUCACUGAAAAUACAACACUGAACUUCAGCCUUAACAUUUCAGAUUGA